UUUUUUAAUUGAGACGAAAAAUUCCGUCUCUAACGAGAAAUUCGUCUAUCAGACAGAGUUAGAGACGGAAUUUUUUCCGUCUCUACACAAGAUUGGGCUUCAAUCCCUUCUUCAGCAUUUUUCUCGAAUCUCAGCUUGUCUCCCUCGCCAUCCCUCUCGCUCGCCUUCGUUGCCGCCGGUCGCCGUCGCCUCCGCCAUCCUUCUCCGCCGCCUUGGUCUUCGUCGCCUCGGCCAUCACAAACCAAGUCACGAUGCGACGAACGAGGCCCUCGAGGGAGAGAGAAAUAGAAAGAGUACGAAGGCUUCAGCUGCACUCUUUUACUUUAUUCAAUUGAUUGAGAUAUUGUUUCUGAUGAUUGUGUGUUAAAAAUGCUAUCUUCUAAUGGAGGCCGUUUGUUUCGUUGUUACUUCGGUAUAAAUUAUCAACUUGUUUCUGUGGAACCGCCUUCAAUUAUCGAUCCUCUGUCGAUACUUUCUGAUUCCCCAUCCUUGUUUCCGGCUCCUUGGUCUACUUUCCCUCGCCAUUUUCAUCUCAUUAGUGACCGGUUCGGGUCUACAUCUCUUGAAACUUGGAAUGAAACCGACACAGGGUUCAAAUUCACUCCUAUUUCAGUUAUCCAGAGAGAUAUGUUUUUUGCGCACAAAUAUUCUUACUUGGUGCCCCCUUCACGCUCUUUGCGGCGAAGAAUUCACAAAAGAUUUAAAUCUGCCUCAAAACCUGUUCUCAAUGAAGCCCAGUUUCAGCGGGCAGUAUCCCAACUUCCACCAAGAUUCAUUGCUGAAGAAUUAUGUAAUGUUAUAACUCUACAAGUAGAUCCUCUAGUGUGCUUGGAGCUGUUUAAAUGGGCUUCACAGCAACCUAGGUUCAAGCAUGAUGUUUCCACCUACCAUGUUAUAAUAAAAAAGCUUGGCACUGCAAAAAUGUACCAGGAGAUGGAUGAGGUUGUUAACCAAGCGCUUUCUGUUCCCCUUAUUGGUUCUGAGGCCCUGUAUAAUACCAUGAUCUACUUCUUUACAGAAGAUCGGAAAUUAACUAAGGCUGUCAAUGUAUAUAAGCAUAUGAAAAAUAGCAAGAAUUUGGAUUGUAGGCCGUCAAUUAGAACCUACAAUCUUCUGUUUUCUGCUUUUCUGAGUCGGGGAAGCAAUUCUUACAUAAACCACGUGUACAUGGAGACUAUUAGAUGCCUCUUCAAGCAGAUGGUGAAUGAUGGUGUUGAACCCGAUAUUUUCUCAUUGAACUUCAUGAUAAAAGGAUAUGUCCUUUCACUUCACGUGAAUGAUGCCCUCAGAAUAUUUCAUCAAAUGGGUGUGGUCUAUAAAUGCCUGCCAAAUUCGUAUUCCUAUGAUUAUUUGAUUCAUGGUUUAUGUGCCCAAGGGAGAACAAAGAAUGCCAUGAAUUUGUGUAAUGAAAUGAAGGGAAAAGGGUUCGUUCCAAGCAAAAAAUCAUAUAAUUCCCUUGUGAACUCUCUGGCACUUGCUGGAGAAGUUGAUGAGGCAGUGAAUUUGUUGUGGGAGAUGACCCAAAACCAAAGAUCUGCUGAUUUUAUCACAUAUCAGACAGUACUUGAUGAGAUCUCCAGGCAACAAAGAUAUGGAAAUGCUGUGAAGCUGUUGAAGGAAUUGCGAGAGAAGGAGCUUGUCGACAGUCAUACAUACAGGAAGCUUCUGCAUAAACUUGAGGGCAGCCUGAGGGACUGAAAUGACAAGAUCAUUUGAGUAAAGAAAUCUCGCACUACAACCUUCUGCUGUGACCCACACUGGACCUCCAUACACAUCACUUGUUUGUCCCAGACUCCCAGCUGAACAACUUGUGCCCGGUAUCUAAGAACCAACAAUGUUUCAGUGUAUGCUUGAGUCAAAGAAUGUUUCUGGAUGGUUCAAGAUUCAAGGAUUCAGAUGGCACAUCUUUGCCUAGGCCUGUAGGCGGGGCUUCUAAAUGGUUUGCAUUUACUCUAGGACUCCAGCGGGUAUGGCCAAAGAUGAAGGACUCACCAUGGCACUGCAUCAUGCAGUAUUUCUAGUAGCCUUCAGUUUAUUGCAAAUUUGCAAUUAGCAGAGAGAAUCUUCUCCAUUUGGAGGCUUAAUUACUUGCCUAUAGGGGAAUCUACCUAAGCAUUAGGCUUAUGAGUUUUUCAAUGACAAACUUUGUAAUUAGCUGAUCUCUUUUCUAUAUUUUCACUUUAUGGGCUA